AUGGCUUCUUCUUCAAAUAAUAACUGGAUUGAUACAUCUGUUCUUCCAGCUGAUAUAUUAUCAUUACGAGAUGAUGGUUUUUUCGAAGUAGUUGAACGUUUAGUAGGUAAAACAGUAGUUGAUUUAAUACGUAUUCAAGCCAUUGACAAUGUUCGAGUAUUUAUGCUUGUACCUGAUAUAUUACAAGUACUUCAUUUACAAUCAUCGGAACUUGAUCCUAUUAAAAAACGAGUUACUUUUCUUCUUUAUAAUCAAAACUUUGUUGUUAAAUGUGGCAUUAAAACAUCAAUUAAAUAUUUACGAGAUUUAUUUGAAGCAAAAUUAAAUGAAUAUCAUAAUAAUGAACAAGACAACGAUAUUGAUAAUGAAGAUAAUAUAUCGAUUAGUUCUGAUAAUAAUGUACCAAUUGGCCAGAAACGUUCUGCUUCAUUAUUAUCUUCUGGAAAAACAACAACAACUAAACGUAGACGUCAAUGA